UUCCAAUAGACACUCAAUAGCCAUUCGGCUUUGUCGAUGUUAGCAAAUGCUUCAACUACCCCACUCCACUUUAUGCCCAUAUGCAUCUUCAGCCGUUUGGUUCAUAAUUUCAAAAACCUUAAGACGUUUUUAAAAAAAAAGUUUGACUUGGUAUAAUUAGAUAUUCACCUCCAAAAAAAUAACCGUAGUAAAUCGGAAAACUCUUACUUCCAUUGGUUUUCUGACGUUGGUUUAUCUCCCCAUAUCAGGAUGGAGCCUCCCACAGCAAAAGCGUUUUUGAUUUUGGUGGCAUAUUUAGCUGCCGCAGUAAAUGGAGCCUUGGUUGUGAGUACUGAAAAACACGAUAAAGAGGGCAAAGGCACCCCAACCACCUCCAUUCCAGAGAUAUACCAAAUGCGAAUCACGUCUAAUAUUCGCAACCGUUUUGCUCACACAACAGUUACAAGUAGAGUUAGAAAUUCCGUCGAUAAACCUCAGGAGGCGGUAUUUUCCGUUGUGCUGCCGGAAGCUGCGUACAUUUCGGGAUUUGUUAUGGAAAUCGAUGGCAAAAAUUACACGGCGUAUGUUAAAGAGAAGGAGGAAGCUAAGCGCGUCUAUGAACAGGCAGUAGCAAGCGGAGCAGGUGCAGCACAUGUGGCGGUGAGUGCACGUGAUUCGAACAGGUUCGUGGUAUCUGUAAAUAUCGAGCCGGAGUCGAAAGCCGUCUUUUACUUGACAUACGAACAGCUUUUGGGUCGAAAAGACAGCCGUUACGAGCAGAUUAUUAACAUCCAUCCUGGUCAAGCUGUCAAAGAUCUUAGUGUUGAAGUCGUAAUUGCUGAAAGCAGAAAAAUAACAGACUUAAAAGCACCGCCUCUACGUUCCGGAAACGAAAUUGGUACGGACAAACCGGAACUGGAUCCCAGAGCAGACAUAGAAAUCGUCAAUGAUACCGCAGCCGUGGUGACGUUUAGUCCAAAUGUGGAACGGCAAAAGGAGCUGGCGCAUGUAUUUGGAACGAAAGAGGAAGAAGGUCUGUCUGGGCAGUUUGUAGUGCAAUACGACGUUGAAAGGGAUCCGAGUGGAGGUGAAGUUCUGAUUCAAGAUGGAUACUUUGUCCACUUUUUUGCACCUAAGGACUUGGAGCCUCUACCAAAACACGUAGUUUUUGUAUUAGACACAAGUGGCAGCAUGUGGGGUCAAAAGAUACAGCAGCUCAUUCAAGCGAUGCAUAGCAUUGUCGAUCAAUUGCACGAAACUGACCUGAUAAGUUUAGUAGAAUUUAGCAGUAACACAAAGGUGUGGGAUUUGAAUAAUCCAGAAAAAAGUACUUGGUACCCUCGUUCGCACAGAAUGUAUUACGAUCAUGAUGUGAACACACUUGUGACGUUAGAUAAUGCAACGUUCCCAGAUGCCUUUCCGGUUAAUGCCGAAAUCAUUAGUAAAGCAAAGUUAGCAGUUUCCAGUAUGAACGCCGAUGGCACUACGGCCAUGUACGGUGGCCUACAAGUUGCUUUACGGUUAGUGGAAUUGGAGAGAAAGAGGCAAGACGAAGCUAACGAUGUCAAACGUCAACCAAUAAUAAUAUUUUUGACCGAUGGAGAACCUACAGAUGCCAGCCCGAACGAUUUAACUACCAAGAUCACCGAAUUUAACUCGGAAGCUAGAAGGGCGCCGAUUUUCGCUUUAUCCUUUGGUGACGGUGCAGAUAGGGAGUUUUUACAAAAAUUAUCCUCUCGCAAUUCAGGAUUUUCAAAACGCAUUUACGAAGCCGGCGACGCCUCUUUACAGCUUGAAGAUUUUUACAGAUUAGUUUCGUCUCCAUUGUUAUCCAACGUCAAAUUCAAAUAUGAGUCCACCACAGCAACAAACGUUACCAAAACUGUAUUCCCAAUAUACUUUGGGGGUUCAGAAAUUGUAGUUGCAGGUAUCUGUACUGCCCGAUUCCCGAUGCCGACUAUUGAAGGCUUGGGGAUACGGGGGCCAAUCACUCUCAAACCCAUUGUAACUACAACGACGACGUCUUACAUGGAACGAAUUUGGGCGUAUUUGAGCAUCAGGCAAUUACUGGAGAAGAAAGAAGCUACAGAAGGAGAUGAAAAUCAAUUGAAAAUGGAGGCGUUAGAUUUGGCACUGAAAUACAACUUUGUGACACCGGUCAGCUCGUUAGUUGUCGUAAAACCGAAUGACACCCAAGCUGUAGACGCGGAGGAAGCUAAACGCCGGCCAACGUUCUCAGGUUUUGGAGGCACUGCGCAUUACGGUAUGCAAGCAGGAGUACCAAUAGGACUACCUGGUCUACCAGGCAUAGCAGGACCACCAGGUUUUGGUUCUCAUUAUGGGAUGUCAGCAGGACGGCCAGGACCACCCGGCUAUCGUCACGACACGCUGCCACUUGCACUUCCUGAACCAAUUUCAAUUGGUCCGUCUCCCUCCCUGGAUCCCUCCGAGGUGCUGUUAAGCAGUCUGCUACAAACUUUCUCCUGGCUGGCCAACAUUCUUCAGGACGGGAUGGUAAAGACACCUAUAGGGUCGUACAAGUUGGGACUCAAUGAAACCAUUCCCUAUGUAGCAUGUCCAAAAGCAACCAAUAACCAACCUGGACAGUGCAAGUUACUUCACAAUUGCCAUCAAGCAGUACUUCCAACGGUGACUGAUUUCUAUGAUCACUUCUGUGUCUUGAAAAACGAGUUUGCUGGUGUUUGCUGCCCCACGUAAAGUGUUCGGCAUGUUUCCUGAAGAAAAAAAAAUAUAAGCUCUACUGUUUUAUAUAUUUUUUAUUCAUUAAAGUUUAAAUCUA